AUGAGAUUAACUAACGAUCUUGAUCCUAACUAAACAAGAAAGAUCCUAGAAGUAUUGAGAGACGAGACUAGUAUAUUCCAAGGCUACUCGCACGAUGAUGUCGUCUCACUGAGUCAAGUCUUCAAAGUACUCACAUUCAAAAGAAAUGACUACAUUGCAAAGAGAAAUGAAGAGAUAGAUUUCUUUGGAAUUUUCUUGCAUGGCCAGGCAUUCGUAUCUCUGGACCUCUAAAAGAUAAAGACGAUGAGCAUCGGAGACAUGAUAGGGUUUAUGUGUGUAAGUGAGCUUUAAGUAGCCAGGGACAACACUAAGCAUAAAUACGACAUUAUUGCUGAGACUGAUGGAAUCUUAGCUUGCCUUCCAUUUGGAGAAAUAAAAAGUGAGUCAAGAAAAUACCCCCAAGUUUGUUUCAAGAUACUUCAGAUAGCAGCUAAGAAGUCCUUGGAGGUGUUUCAUUAUAAUGUAUUCGGGCAUGAGUACAAUCCUGCUAUCAAGCAUGUGAACACUGCGGGAGCAGCAAAGAAAGUCAGAGAGUUCUUCUUGAAAAACCCACUUAUGAGAGCAUUUCUGAAAGGAAUCGAUCGGAAAGAUGAGAAAUAUAUAAUGAAUUCUCUAAAAACUACUGAGAUGGAUCCUGGUGACAGACUAGUUAGAAAAGGAACCAAGGAUAGAGCAAUUAUAUUUGUAGCUUAAGGUCAGUUCAUGGCUUUCAAAGAUACUGAAAAUGAAGUCUACAAAGAAGGUGCUGUUUUAGGUGUGAAAGAAUUUCUUAGAGGAGAUGAAUGGCCUAAUGAUAUAAUAUGCUCAUAAACUGGGUAUAUUUGCAAGUUUACUCACGAGGCAUUGAUUGAUAUGACUCAGACUGCCCCUAUUAGUGCUAUUAGAAUGUUAAGAAGAAUAAUUAGACAUCAGUGCUAUGACUAUAUCUAUCAGAAAAAAAUGAGUGAGAAAAGAUCCUUUGAAUUUUUCUAAGUGGAAGAUGACGACUUAUUCAUUGAUCUUAAGCUUAACUACCAAAAUGAGAAGGAAAGAGAACUAGCUAAAUUAUUUAAUAAGCCACCUCCAGAGAUGAAAAAAGGUAGAGAGUUUGAUAGCAUGCCCUUCUUUUUAAGUGAUGAAUUCAAGCAUAUAAUGGAGGACAAGCACCAGAAAGCUAACCUCCAAAAACUGACAACCUCAAAUGUAGGAAAAGAUAAAUUAGCUGGCUCUGGAAAUAUGGGUGGAAUCAGCUCUAUAAGUGGUCCAGGAAUGCCAGGCAACUCUAUGUAUAAGAGUGAGUUCUUAAAGGAAAGACUGCAUGAGUAGAACGAGAAGAGAAAGCGAGAGAGAAAACUUAAAAAGGUUUAGCCUUCAAGAAUAGCUACUGAUCCUUCAACAAAUGGUAAGGCACCAAUAAGGAGAAAAGAGGGUUAAGAAGACUUAGAGGAGGUGAUUGAUGAAAUGAGAAAUGAUCUCAGAAUAAGGGAAUAGGAAUAUGAAGAGUUAAGAGAAGCCUUUGCUAAAUUGGAGUUGGAGAAUAAAAGAUUAAGAGACUAGGUCAAGAAGGAGACAUCAGAGCGUCAAGUGAUUGAAGUGAAACUCAAGAAAAAUGCUAUUCAUACUGAACUUAAGGACAAUGCUUCCUCCAUAAAUGGAAAUACCUUUUUCGAGCAAAAGCGAUCUAAACUAGCUUCACUAAAUAGCACUCUACUUUCUACCAUAAACGAGCAAUAUAAAUCUGGACUUAGGAAUUCCUAUGUUGCUAAAUACGCUCAUAGAUGGCUCCAAAUAGUUAGAGAGAGAAAGAAGCUCAGGGAAAGAGAUUCUUUUUUCAAAUUCUGA